CCAGGGCUAGGGAGGAGGCGGCCGAAGCGCUUCGCUGGGCAGGGCUGGGCCGAGCCGAGCGCGAGCUCUACCCGAGCGGAGGGCGAGGUCUACCCGCGCGGGGACCUGAUCCCAAGCUCGAACCCGAGCCGCGGCCGCCAUGCGCUGGGUCCGGGCGCUGCUGAAGAAUGCAUCCCUGGCGGGGGCGCCCAAAUACAUCGAGCACUUCAGCAAGUUCUCCCCGUCCCCCCUGUCCAUGAAGCAAUUCCUGGACUUCGGGUCCAGCAAUGCCUGUGAGAAAACCUCCUUCACUUUCCUCAGGCAGGAGCUGCCCGUGCGCCUGGCCAACAUCAUGAAAGAGAUCAACCUGCUUCCUGACCGGGUGCUGAGCACACCCUCGGUGCAGUUGGUACAAAGCUGGUAUGUCCAGAGUCUCCUGGACAUCAUGGAGUUCCUGGACAAGGACCCUGAGGACCAACGUACCCUGAACCAGUUCACUGACGCGCUGGUCACCAUCCGGAACCGGCACAACGACGUGGUGCCCACCAUGGCACAGGGUGUGCUGGAGUACAAGGACGCCUAUGGCGACGACCCCGUCUCCAACCAGAACAUCCAGUACUUCCUGGACCGCUUCUACCUCAGCCGCAUCUCCAUCCGCAUGCUCAUCAACCAGCACACCCUCAUCUUUGAUGGCAGCACCAACCCAGCCCACCCCAAACACAUCGGCAGCAUCGACCCCAACUGCAACGUCUCUGAGGUGGUGAAAGAUGCCUAUGAUAUGGCCAAGCUCCUGUGUGACAAGUAUUACAUGGCCUCACCCGACCUGGAGAUCCAGGAGGUCAAUGCAGCCAACUCCAAACAGCCAAUUCACAUGGUCUAUGUCCCCUCCCACCUCUACCACAUGCUCUUUGAACUCUUCAAGAAUGCCAUGCGGGCCACUGUGGAAAGCCACGAAUCCAGCCUUGUUCUCCCACCUGUCAAGGUCAUGGUGGCCUUGGGCGAGGAAGAUCUGUCCAUCAAAAUGAGUGACCGAGGUGGGGGUGUCCCCUUGAGGAAGAUUGAGCGACUCUUCAGCUACAUGUACUCCACAGCACCCACCCCCCAGCCUGGCACUGGGGGGACCCCGUUGGCUGGCUUUGGUUAUGGGCUUCCCAUUUCCCGCCUUUAUGCCAAGUACUUCCAAGGGGACCUGCAGCUCUUCUCCAUGGAGGGCUUUGGGACUGAUGCCGUCAUCUAUCUCAAGGCACUGUCGACGGACUCAGUGGAGCGCCUGCCUGUCUACAACAAGUCAGCCUGGCGCCACUACCAGACCAUCCAGGAGGCCGGCGACUGGUGUGUGCCCAGCACGGAGCCCAAGAACACGUCCACAUACCGUGUCAGCUAGGGCCAGCUGCCCACUCACCUAUCUGCCCCUGAGAGGAUGGACUGCUGUCUCUGGGUCAGGCCACCAUGGUGACCCUUCCCAUCCCCCUGGGAGGAGGCAGGAGGUGGGGUCUCCCUGAUGACCAGGUUCUGUCUCUAUGGAAAUCACUGCAGUGACCAGUCUGUUGUGGUCUUUAAGUGCCAAUCUGUCUCUGUGGAGACCCUAGGUAGCCUCCCUGGUGUCCAUUCUCUGUGGGCGAUGCCUAGGGGUUGGGGAUGGCUUCACCUUGAUGGGGUGUCCCAGAGACACUUUCCCAUGGCAGUCCUCCUUUCUGAGACCAGGCUAUCACUUUUCUGCCAGGGGUCCUACGUCCUCACUGCCCCCCACAGCCCUGGCCUUCCGAGUGGGUGCCCUUGCCCUGCCUUAUGCCCCAGCCUGUACAGGUCCUCACCCGUUGUUAGUGUUAGGAGGGGCCCAGUGCCCCCCAGAUCUAGGGAGUGGUGGGGAAAGGGGUUGUACCCUUAACCCCUGAUUGGGGAACUGGUCCUGCAGCCUCUCCCUCCACUUGAGGUUGUAAAGUCAAGGUUAGAUGGGGGUAGAGGUAGGAGAAGUGGGGGUUCUCACCAGGGGCCCAACCGUAAAGUGGAGGAACCUGGGAAGACCCUGUACUUGAGGCCCUGCAGGCAGCCUUGGUGAUGUUUGUGCCACCUCCUGAGCCCUUUCCCAGCAUGUCCUCGUGUGCACACACCCACCUGCCUGCCACACACCUGUUCGGUCUUGCCUGAAUUCCAGACCUCAACCUCCACUGUGCCCGAACACGUGUGCUCAGGGUGGCUUUCUCCCUAGGACACUCUAUGUAUAUAGCUAGUUUUAUAACUCUGAAUGCCCCUGACCCUUCCCCUUAGCAACAGGGUGUCAAAGCUGUGUGCUCCUCCCGGUGGCUGUGAUGGUGACAGUGACAUCCACAGUAAAGAGGAGAUUGAAUGAGA